AUGCCAGAAGACAAAAACUGUAAGCUGCUGCAGUCAUCCAGCAGCUCCGACAAGAAAAAGAAGAAAAAGACACGGAAGAAAGCAGCUGCUUCCACCACUCUUCCAGGAAGUGCAGAGAAACUUCAGGCUGUGUUAUUGCCUCCUGAGACCUUGCCCGUGUCCCUGCUGUCCCCACAGAGUCCCGGUCAGCCUCGAGGCCAGCCGCCCAGGCUCAGAGCUACCAGUAAGAAGGACGGAGAACAGUUUGCUGGCAGCGGUCGGAGGAACAAAAAGCACCCCGAGGAUUCAUCGUCCCCGCUGACAGCGACAAACAAAACCAGUGGAAGUGGAGCUCCGGUGCAGGGGUACGUGGCAGAGCUCAGCGCCCAGGCCAGGGAGAGCCUGAGGUGGGAGGGAGUGAUGGAGGACCCCCAUGCGGACGAGAAGAGGCUGGAGCUGUACAGGGCCAACAGGCGACAGCGUUACCUCUCACAUCGAGAGGCUCUGUUAAAGGAAACCCAGUACUGA